AUGAUUUUUUUACUAGACGAGCUCACAGAACGUAGGAUGGGGCGAUACAUAGCAUUGGGUUUUAUCGCAUUACUGUCAUCAGUGAUAGCGGCGCCGGCGCCCCAACUGUGUGUCACCUGCCCUUCACCAUGCGACCCUCCCUGCGCGCCGCCCUGUCCAGCCCCGGAACCGCCCUGUCCAGAACCAAAUCCAUGCAACCCUAAUUGCCCACAAAUCAUUUCAAGCAAUGACGCUGUAAAGGUGUUGGUCCCGAGAAGUAACACACCAGACGGUCUGCGUAACAUCGGUUUCCAGCCUUAUCCAGUUCCUGGCGGAGUUUUCUACGUCCUGAAGAACCCUGACGUGAUCAUUCAGCCACCAUCCUUGGUCAUCCGUCCACCUCUCCCAAGGCCGAUCCAACCACCUUCCAUAGAAGUCCAGCCACCACAGCAGGGUCCAAUCACUCCGCCGCCAAUUUGCGUCCGACCGUGCCCAUUACCGCCAGUGAAUGUUCCGCCAAUCUGUGUGCGACCUCGGCCUCUGUGUCCAAUCACCCCACCACCUAUAAUAGUGACACCACCCUGCCCACCACCUAUCCAGCCACCAUCCAUCACCAUUCGCCAACCAGCACCACCAAGUAUAACACCACCACAGAUCGUGGUCCGUCCCCCAAGUCCAUCAGCCUUACAAGCUCCGAGCAUUUCGAUCCCGCUGUCAGUACUGCAACGGUCAGGAGGCGACGGCAUCCUGUCAUCGGGUGAUGGCUACAACCAGAUAAAUUCUCUUCUGUCCUAUCCAGGCAAUCCAUGCAAUCCAUGCAAUCCAUGCAAUCCUUGCAAUCCUUGCAAUCCAUGCAAUCCAUGCUACUGUGAUUAA